AUGCAGGGACCCGAGGUGAGGUUUGGUCCGGGAUGCUGGAGGAUCCUGCUGCUGUCCUGCGUCUGGGCUCUGCACUGGAUCCCGCUGCCGGUCCACGGACUAACUGUUGGGACCAACACCACUGAGCGGGACAGCAUGGCCAAUGCCACCUCCCUGCUGAACCAGCAGGAGGGGCCCUCCAGGCUCCAUGAGAUCAUUGCUGCAGUAAGUGGGGUGGGCGCCUCGGCCGGCCCCAACGCUGUUGAAUCUGUGACCCUGAGGGCGGGCCGUAUCCCCCGCGCCGGCAAGGAGGAGGAGGAGCAAAGCAGCGGCAUGCCGGGAGAAACGCUGUGGCCUGCACUAGAGGAAGUGGGCGUAGUCGCCCCGCCUCAGCUCAGCCCCGACUCGGCCGAGACGGAGCACCUGCUGCCUAGCAACCCAGGUAGACAGGAAGUGAUGGAGGGAGAGGAAGAGAUGCGCCUGCCACACACUGACGCACCUUGGAUCGAUGCCGAGGACACAGCUGUGUUUGAUCUGGACCGUCUCCCGGGCAACACCAUCACCACCACCGCCCCACCCUCAGCAAAUCCCUCCCAUCCUGAUGUCCUCCACGUGGACUUCUUCGACCCCUCCUCCCGUGGGCGCAGCCUUGACCUGGCCCCACCCUCUCCUUCCUCGUUAGCCCAUGAGCUGCAGGGCGGUGACCCGACGUCCUGGGCCAUGCCCGACAACUAUGACUACCUCACGCCCUAUGACGACGGCGUGUCGCCCACCGCGGACGAAUACUCCUACAGCACCACCACUGAUCCCUACGGGGGCGAUGACGACCCGAGGCCAUCUGCUAGCUCCCCGGCCCAAUCCAGGCCCCGGCUCCCUGGGUCCGGCUUUAACCCGGAUGUGCUCAUGCCUGGUGGAGAUGCCUCGGUGCCAGGUGGCCCCGCAGUGGCCCCUCUUCCUGUGGACGGGUCAGACGGCAUGGGGGGCUGCCGCAUUGGCUACCAGAUGAGAAACGGGAGCUGCCGUUCGCCCUGUGACACUCUGCCCAGCUACUGCUUCAACGGAGGCCAGUGCUACCUGCUGGAGGGCAUGGGAGUGGUCUGCAGGUGUAACGUCCAGGAUUACAUCUGGCAUAAGGGGGCGCGCUGUGAGUCGGUGGUGACUGAAUUCCAGGUGAUGUGUUUGGCCGUGGGUGCGUCGGCCCUGGUGGUCCUUCUGCUCUUCAUGAUCGUCGUCUGCUUCGCCAAAAAGCUCCACGUGCUCAAGACGGAGAACAACAGGCUGCGGAAGCGCAGCAGUAAGUACCGGCCCGCCUCGGAGCAGCACAAUGAUAAUUUCUCACUGUCCACCAUCGCUGAGGGCUCCCACCCAAAUGUAAGGAAACUGUGCGACACUCCUCCUAACGUCCCUCAUGCCCGUGCAUUGGCUUACUAUGAUAACAUUAUCUGUCAGGAUGAUCCUAACUCCCAGAACAAGCUGGAGGACCCCGUGAAGGCCCCGCCCAAGGAGGACGACUCCCUGAACAUCCACAACUCCCUCACCCCCAAACAUGAGAACCACAAGGUCUUGGGCGAGGAGAACUCCUCGGAGGUAAACUCACUGCAGAACAACAUGAUGUAA